UAGCAUCCGACGCAUUAUUUUGGUCAGACCGAUCUUCUCGCAACCCCGCCUACCAUUUUCGUGGACCAAUCAAGUUAAUCCAGCCAACUCACAACUGGUAGCAGUUUGAUUUCUUUCAGCCGGAAAUCUUCUUUCUGCGUAGCAGAGUUUCGUUCACUCAUUCACUUUUACGUCGUUCUACGGUUCUCUAGCAAUAUUUUGACAAAAAUCAUAAUUAUUUAACGAUAAAAUUCCGUGUCAAAAAUUACUUUGUAUCAAAAUUACAUUUAAUACACACAUUUAAUGAUUAUAUUACGAAACAAAAGUGAAGUGAAUUAAAGUGUAAAGUGUAGUGAAGAAAUUACAUUUGUUGUGCAGAUACCGUUGAAAUUAAUUUCACGUUAUUUUAAAUAUUAAUUCUCAAAAUAGACACAUAUAAAAUACCAUUAUAACAUAUAACACAUGCAAAAUACCACAUAUAAAUGACAUAUAUAAAACAGAUACAUAAAAUGCGCGUUUUCGAGUAGAGCUAUGAAUGUGAUCGACGACAUUGUGCACAGAAAUUUAACAAGUUUGAAGAAAAGAAGAAAAUAAAUGACGUUAACACUCACAUCAUGGAUAAUGCUAAUUCUAAACAAUUGAAGUUUGGCAUAGACCGCAUACUGUCAAAUGAAAUAUGCGCAAAAAAAACAGAUAUUCUUAAGCCACUUCCAAUACAACUCCCGGCAUUGCGUUGUCCUUGCAUUGAAACUUGUGGGCAAUACGAAAGUAUCCGAAGAUGCAUUACAUUUCCUCAUUCGCAAUUAUCCGAGAGCAUCGCAGCAUCUGUACCUUAUGACGGAAUAAUGGAGAGUUUAGGAACUUUAUAUCGGCCAGCGCCAUUACGCCCAGUACCAAGAGCCCCUAUUUCAUCUUCCUCAACGAUGAACUCUUCGGAAACAAAUACACGAAGAAAGAGAUCGUGGUCUAGAGCCGUGUUUAGCUCAUUACAACGGAAAGGCUUAGAAAGAAGAUUUUCUUUACAAAAAUAUAUCACAAAGCCAGAUAGGCGACAGUUGGCUGCGACUUUAGGUCUAACGGACGCACAGGUCAAAGUUUGGUUUCAAAAUCGUCGGAUGAAAUGGCGGCACACAAGAGAGAAUGAGAACACUACAUUGACUGGUCCAGACUCCACGCAGAAAGAUUAUCCGCAGAAAUUGGUGAAAUCCAUUGCUAAUAACGCAAUGCAACAAGACGACGAAGAUGUAGAAAUCGACGUAGAUUUAUAAGAUAGAUGUAAAAAUUGAUUUAUAAAAGACGUCAUCACAUGUGUGACAAGAAAUAAAUUUGAUACAUUUAA